ACUCUGACGGCACCCGCUCCAUUUGCAGACGAAACAAGCUGUCAGUGCCAAGCUCCCCAUGAGAAGCUGACCAUUGCACAAGCCCGUCUGGGAACACCAGUUGACAGACCUGUCAGAGUGUAUGCAGAUGGGAUAUUUGACCUCUUCCACUCUGGCCAUGCUAGAGCUCUUAUGCAAGCCAAAACUCUAUUCCCAAAUAGCUACUUAUUAGUAGGAGUUUGCAGUGAUGAUUUAACUCAUAAAUUCAAAGGCUUCACUGUGAUGAAUGAAACUGAGCGAUAUGAAGCCCUCAGACACUGUCGUUAUGUGGAUGAGGUCAUCAGAGACGCACCCUGGACACUGACACCUGAGUUCCUUGAAAAACAUAAGAUUGACUUUGUAGCCCACGAUGACAUCCCUUACUCCUCCGCUGGCUCGGAUGAUGUAUACAAACACAUAAAGGAGGCAGGAAUGUUCGUACCAACGCAGAGAACCGAAGGUAUCUCCACGUCGGAUAUCAUCACCAGAAUCGUCCGGGACUACGACGUGUACGCCCGGCGGAACCUCCAACGAGGAUACACCGCCAAAGAGCUGAAUGUUAGUUUUAUAAAUGAGAAGAAAUACCGCUUUCAAAACCAAGUGGACAAAAUGAAAGAAAAAGUCAAGAAUGUGGAGGAAAAAUCAAAAGAAUUUGUUUACAAGGUGGAAGAGAAGAGCCAUGACCUUAUUCAGAAAUGGGAAGAAAAGUCCAGGGAAUUUAUCGGCAACUUUUUAGAGCUGUUUGGACCCGAUGGAGCCUGGCCGAGCAUCGCCUGCGACCCGACUGCCAGCACGUCAGCCGAGGCUGAGACUUCUUGUUCCCCAUCCCCAGGAGGAGCAGUGAGGCACUCGCAUUUGGCAUUUUCCACAUGAAGCCUGCAGCAGCCGUGCAGAACGUGCCCGAUCUCCUGUAGCCCAGCCCAGCAGCCUAAUGCAAGGCCACGUAGGCACUAACAAGCAGCAGCAUUUGCCUUAGCGCAGCAGAUUGCUUGACUUUGAAAAGGUGGUUUCUUCCACCCUACCAGCUCUGGCAGAUUCCCACUCAGCUUUACAAAGCACAAGUGACAAUAAAGCCCAAAGCA